AUGUCCGGGAGGCGAACGCGGUCCGGCGGGGCCGCCCAGCGCUCCGGGCCAAAGGCGUCACCUCCUGCUCAGUCUGGGCGGAGGUCCCAGCGGAAAUCAGGCUCUGAUCUUCCCAACACCCUCCCUGACAUCUGGCCGAAGGCACCCCAUGCGACUCCAGUCAGAAAGCCCAUCGUCUUGAAGAAGAUCGUGGCCCAUGCUGUAAAGAUCCCAAAUGUCCACUCACCUCGAAGGAGCCCUAGGAUUGCUUUUUUUUUGGAGAAAGAAAACAACCCUCCUAUCAAGGAGCCUACUAGAGAGGAUCUUUUCAAGACACAUAGUGUCCCUGUCACCCCCACCACCACUCCUGUGCUGUACAACCCAGAUGUUGAGUCAAAUUCCAGGGAAGCAGACCUGGACACCAGAGACUUGGAAAUGUCUAAGAAAGUCAGACGAUCAUACAGCCGGCUGGAAACCUUUCACUGUGCCUCCACCUCAACACCAGGCCGCCCAUCCUGCUUUGGCUUCGAGGGGCUACUGGGGACAGAAGACCUGGCCGGAGUCUCACCUUUGCUGUGUUCAAAGUUAACUGAGGUUUCCAGGGUCCCUGUGAAUCCCUGGGUCCCAGACACGACUCUCCCUGGAAUCUCCCCACCAGUGAAAGAGAAAAGAAAGAAGAAGAAGGUGCCGGAGAUUCUGAAAUCGGAGCUGGAUGAGUGGGCCGCGGCCAUGAAUGCUGAGUUUGAAGCUGCUGAGCAGUUUGAUCUCCUGGUUGAAUGAGAUGAAACUGGGGUGCACCUAGCCAGACUCUCCUCUUCCCUUUGUAUAUAUCCCCUUCUUCCUGUGGAAAAGACACUUGGGCUCCCCUUCCUUGGCCUUGUGACCUGUGCAGUGGCAGCAGCCAUGGCAACUGUAGGAAAUGGGGUUUGCCUGGCUGGAUGUCCUGGCCUUAGUCAGUGGCCCACCAUCGUCUCCUCCCUAUCUCCCACAGUGUCCUGGCCAGUUUCCAUCUGUGCCACAGACUAGGGAGUAAGAAUCACUGGCCCAGCCAGAGGAGGUUACAGGGCUGGGAAUUGUGGGUGAGAGCAUCUCUUCUGUUGGGGAAUGUGGCUGCUGUGCCAGCCCCAACAGAACAGGCACUAGUGGCCACAGCAGCCUCAGGCUUCCUCUCCUGGUUUGCCUUCUGUUGGUGGCUUGGUUCCAUCCAUGUAAAAAGGCUUGGGUUUUCUCUUCGAUUCUGUAGAUGAUCCAGGAGAGAAUCUGUGGAUUGGGGAUGGUUCUUUCUGUGAGGAAGAAGCUGGACACUCAGCCAGUAGAGUCGGGUUUGGGAGAGUGGAAGGCCUCGGUUGGUCUCAGAACAUAGGCGUUUACUCCUUAGAAGCUGUAUUUCAUAGUUCUUUGUUCUGCUGUUGAGAUGGUUAAACACCAGGCAGAUGAAGUGCUGGCUGCAUGGGGCAAAGGGUGCAUUUGAGGGUGUGGCACCAGGUGCCAAAGGCUCCAGCCUCCACAAACCUGAUGCUCAGGGCAUCUGGACUGGACACCUGCACAGGGUUGGGAAGGGACCCUUCUUUUCACACCUGUUUCUUACAAACUAAGGUGCAGUCUAUUCAGCUCUAGAACAAAGACUUACAGAUUGAACAGUCCUAGUCCCACUAGCAUUUUUUAGCUCUAGUUGUCAAGUUCUAGGAAGCUUUUCUCACAUUCCAGAAGGAGCAGAAGUUCAUAGCAGUUUUAACCUUUACCUUCCUUAGUGCCUUCUCAGUGAGGGCACUGCCUGAGGCAGGUGCCAGGAAUUGAGCUAGGGGGUGGGGCAAUCAUCUUAUUGUCUUCUGGGAACCCCACUCCCCUCCCCCAUUUCUCUUUUCUCAAUGUUUGUAAAAGGUGUGCUUUCAAAGACUGCCAAACCACAACUUGCACCAUCCCCCGGGUCGUUGAACUUUUGCACAUUUACAGGUUUGUGGAAGUAGAGGCUAAGAGGAUUGUGGAGGGGCUAGUGGACAGCAGAGAGUGUCAGGGAAGAGGAGUACUUGGAUUACCUGAAACAGUGCAGGCCUGGUGGGCGCUAGUUAAAUUCUUUAUAAGGGUUGGGAGCCCCAGACUACCUGUUCAAUGCUUUAUGCUUUGUCAGACCCUGUAAGCAGCAAGCUCCUUUGUCAGAGUAGGCCAGAUACCCUUGAGCUGGACCACACCUGAAGAAUUCUUGUUCUCACUGGCUGUUGGGCAGGACUCCUGGGAAUUGUCUUAGUCCUGCAGAAUCAGGAGUAGCCAGAUGGUGUUAACCUCUCUUCCUGAAAACUAAG